AUGAUUCACGCCCAUCAAACGGCGACAUUGCUGGAUUUUCGACGCGAACGAUCGACAAGCUAUAAUCAUACGCUGAUUCGAUACACGACGAAGAUACUCGACACGAUCCUUUUGAAUCAGGACAAAAAUUUUCGACCGCAGAAUCCCGACGGCUCGCCGCUUCGCGUCGAGGUCGACAUCAGCGUGCGAUCGAUGGGGCCGAUAUCCGAACAAAACAUGGAGUUCUCGCUCGACUGCUACUUUCGACAGAAAUGGCUCGAUCGCCGUCUCGCGUUCACGCCCAUCAAUCCCGACAAGCCCGAAAUUCCGUUGGCCAGCAAAAUGCUCAAGGACAUCUGGAUUCCCGACACCUACAUUCGAAAUGGGCGUCGUUCGUAUCUGCACACGCUGACGGUGCCCAACAUUCUGUUCCGAGUGCGCUCCGACGGUCAGGUGCACGUCUCGCAGCGGCUCACGAUUCGCUCGCGAUGUCAAAUGUUCCUGAAGAAGUUUCCGAUGGACACGCAAGCGUGCCCGAUCGAAGUCGGCUCGUUGGGCUACUUCUCGAAGGACGUCGUCUACAAAUGGAAAGACGUCGAGUUGGACACGAAGAUGGGCAACAUGCUGAGCCAAUAUCAAAUUUUGAGCCUCUCGAAAUCCGAGCACAACGUUACCGACUAUCGAUAUCCGGAUAGAAAUAUCUCGGUGCUCAACGUGUAUUUCAAACUUCAACGCCAACAAGGCUACUACAUUCUUCAGAUUUAUACGCCAUGCACCCUGGUGGUGGUGAUGUCGUGGGUGUCGUUCUGGAUCAACAAAGAGGCGUCGCCGGCGCGCGUCUCGCUCGGAAUCAUGACGGUGCUUUCAAUGUCGACGAUCGGCUUCGGCUUGCGCACCGAUCUGCCGAAGGUCUCGCAUUCGACGGCGCUUGACAUCUACAUUCUCAGCUGUUUCGGCUUCCUGUUCGCCGCCAUGGUCGAGUACGCCGUCAUCAAUUACGCGCAGUUUGUUUACAUCCGCAAACAGGUCCACGAUUUGAAGGGUCUCGAGCAGAACAGCGCGAUGGGACAGAUGCGAAUGUUCACCGCGGGAUUGAUGGGCGCUCGUCGCGACACCAUACAGGUCGACGAUUUGGCGGUGGAGAAAGAGGAAGCGCGACUCAAAGCGAUUCCAUGGUACAAGAAGCUAUUCCAUGAAAACGAUCAGAAGAACACCUCGGUGUUCUACCGAAUGGCGGUGAAGGCGGCAAUCGCGAAGAAGAAGCUUGGGAAUCGAGAUCCGGCGCGAGUUGUGAAUCGCAUCGACAACGUCUCAAAGGUCCUCUUCCCUCUCAUGUACAUCGCGUUCAAUGUGUUCUACUGGAUCGCUUAUUUAUAUUGGAUUCCUGAUGAGAUCGAUGGGUUGCCGAAUAUAUCACAAAGCUAUUAA